AUCAAGUGAUUGACUGGAAAUCUUAUCAAAAAGAAAGCAAAAUUGCUUUUCAGAAACGAGCAGAGGACUCACACGCUAUCCAACAUAAAUCAAAUCUGUGGUUGAUUGUUGGGUCACCUCGAUCGAACAUUAGCUAUCUUAAGAGCAGAGAACCUGGCGAUGUCUUCAAGUGCUACAGAAACAGUCAAUCAUGUGUUUCUAUCUUGAAUGAGGUACUGCAGGCAGGGCUUAAAGGACUGGAAGUGCCAGAGCCAGACACAAACUUGCAAUACUGGGCGCAUUCGUGGAUUGGAGCCGUUGUAGAAACAUAUUCUUAUCACACAGACAAUAUUAUCCUAGCUUGUGGUCCGCAUUAUGGGUCAAAUCACAUACCACAGGCGGUCAACUCUCUGGCUGGCAUUUGCUUCGUUCUGAAUGGAACCGGUGAAACUACACAACUCCCUCCUAACCCAACUCAAGUCCCUCAAGUGGAUGACACUGGUGGUUUUGAAGAACGGCGAAAACGCGCCCUCAAUAACCGCAACUUUGGACGCGGGUCUGUCCGUUUUAACAGCAACUUUUUCACUCAGGAGCCCUUUCCUACCACUGCCAUCACUACUACAGCCUCUCCGAUUCCCUCACUGCCACGUUUUAUCAAAGGAGAGCACGCUAUGUUCGGAAUUUCUGCAGAUUUCGAAAAGGUGCGUGAUGGCUGGAGUGCACUGAUUGGUUCAAUAAACCUCAAAACUUGGAAUGGUGAGAUUUCAAAACUCGAAGGACAUAUGCAUAGAGCGAAAGAAUUCUUGAAGGAUGAUCCAGAUAAAAAUGAACAAAUAAAAAAUUCUUAUUUCGGUUAUGCUAUUACUGUAGGAAAAAGCGAUUCCGAAGAUCUAUUAUACGUGUCUUCUCCUAGAAGUUGGCCUGCUGGAAAGGUGGAAGUCUAUAAGAAACAAGAAGGGGACGUCCAUCCAUAUUUUGUGAGAGUUCACCAUGGAGAGCAGACCGGAGAAAUGUUUGGUGCUUCACUUUGUGCUGCAGACUUCAAUGGUGAUGGAGUCGAAGACUUGAUAGUCGGAGCACCUUUCUAUGCUGGUAGCGAACUAUCAUUUAAUGAAGGACGUAUCAGCGUGAUUUCAAGUCGGGGGAGCAGAAUGUAUGACGAGAAUAAUUUUUAUGGUAAACGUAACAAAGCAGGAUCACAGUUUGGUCUCGCAUUGUCAGCUAUUGGUGAUUUGAAUAUGGAUGGAUUGCCAGAUAUUGCGGUUGGAGCUCCUCACGAAGAUGAUGUUGGUGCCAUUUACAUAUUCCUUGGCGAUAGACAAAAUGGCAUCAGGCUCAGUCAACAUAUUAAAGCAUCUGAUAUUGAUCCAUCACUAAAGGGCUUCGGAAUCAGUAUGACUGGUGAACAGGACAUUGACUCCAAUGGUUUUGAUGAUAUUGGCGUUGGAUGCUAUUUAUCGAGUAAUGUUGUUCUACUGAAAACUAAACCAAUCAUAAAAUUGAGUGGAUCUCUUGGUAUAUUAUCUGACUUUAAAGAAGGGAAAAUAAGUGUCAAUUCAGAACCUCUUCUUAUUUAUGCAUGUGUCCAUUAUGAGCAAGGACAUUUAAAAACUGAUGUGGCAUAUGUGCGAAUUGAUAUUGAUGUCGAUCAGAAAUUGAAGCGAACAAAAUCAGUUCAGCUGAACUCUACCUUGGUGAAUUCUGCCUUGAAAGGAAAUCAAAUUAAAGUAGAUACGGAAAUCGCAUACAACACACAAUUCUGUUUAAAUUUCACAUUUCAAUUGCAAGAGGAGAUAAAAAACCGGAAUAACGAAUUAUUGAUUGAAAUGCGGUUCUCAACUGUUACUGAUGAUGAAAGGUGUAAGAAAAAGGAGUGUCCAAUGAUUGAUCAAAAUCUUGAAAAUGAAGUGACAGAACUGAGACUGCCUUUCAAAACGUAUACCACUGAUUUGCAGCUGUCUUCAAAGUUCAUUAAUACAAAUGGAUCCAGUUACAUGCAUUCAGCAGGUAAUAAGAAUUUAGCCAUCGAAGUAAAAAUCGUCAACAAGAAGGACAUGGCAUUAUCAACAAAGUUGGAAAUCAAGAUGCCUUCGAUUUUGAGUGUUAAAUAUGUUGAGGGAAACGAAAGAUGCAAAGCACUAACUCAAGUACUUACCCAAACAGAAGCUGCAAAAACUGAUUAUUAUUGUAAUUUUCGAAAUGUGGAAAGGAAUGAAGAGCCGACUAUCAUUCUGCAUGUAUCCACUAGUGAUCUGACGGAAGAUGUGGAUGAUUUAAUUUUCAAUUUUACUGUAUCAAGCGCGAGCAAAGAGUUAGAUAUCAGGGAUAAUGAUUCAUCACUCCAAUUAUUUGUAAAUGUUGAUACACCAUUGUUCAUCUCUGGUUUUGCAAAUCCACCAGAAAUUAUCAUUUCGAAGGCUGUAGAUGAUGAGGCAAAUAACGAUUUUAAACACACAUUUGAUGUGAGUAACAAAAGUCCAAUGAAGUUGACUGUUAGCGUGAAUAUAACAGUACCUAUUCCUGUGAUAGUCAGCGAUGCUGAAAGAAUACCAAUGUUUCUUCUUCAGAGCAAACUACAGUUAUCCAAUGGCAGUCAAUUACCCUGCUCAAGUGACGCUGAUGAAAAUAUAAAAAAGUACUUUAUUGAAUGGAAUGAUACAGGUCUACCUAAUCAGGAUUUUACAAGAGGGCUGAGCGAGAAACUCAAAUCGUCUGCUAAGAAUGUAAUGAAGAGUAAUUUUGACUGCAAUCACCAGUCACAAUCUACCGAAUCCUCAAUUACAAUAGCGUGUGUGAACAUUUCUUGUUCUAAUUUUCUAUUUUAUGGAAAUGCAACAAUCGAAGUUAGAAUGCGAUCGUCUUAUAAAGUUUUUGAUUAUUUGAUUGGUACUGAUGGCACGAGAAAAUUCAUAACCAGAGCAAGUGUAUUUCUGUCUCGCUAUCGGCAAAAAUUCCAUUUGCAUGGAAAUCUGGAGACGGCCGUUGAAACACCUAUAUCCAUCAACAUCCACAAGAGUCCAAUUUGGCCAUUCAUUCUUGCUAUCGUUCUUAGUCUUGUCUUGUUGAUACUGAUCACUUACGGAUUAUACAAGGCAAAAUUUUUCAAGAGGAACAGAGUCAAUAAAGAUAUUUCAAAUGAUGCUGGAGCGACUAGCACGGAAAAUUUGUUGACAUAGUUAAUUUAAUUCAUGAUUAAGACAUUUUUAUCAGCAUAUAAAUAAUGAUAGAAUUGCUCUCCGCAUUACUUCCAUUACCUAUUUAAGAAGAAAUCUUAUGAAGUCUUGAUUUCCCAUCAAUAGUUUCAAAAAUCGUUCUUCUAAUUUUAUUUCAUUUACAGAUUUUGUUUUCUUCAAGGAUGGAUAUUGUCUAUAUUUUUGAUUUGAGCAAAACCAUAGCCAUCUCUAAUACAGGUGGCUAUGAGAGGUGGCUAUGGCAAAACCGUUAACUGGUUAGUUCUUUUAGUACUGUGAAAAACAUGUAAAUUUAAAUGUACCUUUAUUUUAAUAUUUAUAUUUUUAUCUCUUAUAUUAUCCAAUAUUAUCUAUUUCAUUUUUUUCAUCUCUUACUGAUAAGCGAAGCUCCCUCUUUAUGCAUGAUUCUUAUGUUAGUUAUUACCUUCACAUCUCCAUUUACUCUCUCUCUCUCUUCUCUUUCAUUUGAAUUAUUCAAUUUCUAAGUUUGUUCAUUUAUUUAAUUUUCCAGUGUGUACUAACUUUUCUCAUGAUAUCUUAGAUAAUUACUUGUAUUUGAAAUUAUUUAAAAAAUGUAAUGUUGUUUAUGUGUGAAAUUCCAUUAAGUCGUUUAAUUAUUUAUUUGAACUUGCAUAUUGUGAUGGAUAUUGUCUAUAUUUUUGGUUUGAGCAAAACCGUCAACUGGUUAGUUUUUUAGUACUGUGAAAAAAUGUAAAUUUAAAUGUGCUUUUAUUUUAAUUUUUAUAUUUUUAUCUAAUAUUAUCUAUUUUAUUUUUUAUCUCCUCCUGAUAAGCAAAGCUCCCUCUUUAUGCAUGAUUCAUAUGUUAUCACCUACAAAUAGCCUAUCCCCAUUUACUCUUUCUCUUCUCUUCCAUUUGAAUUACUCAAUUUCCAAGUUUGUUCAUUUAUUUACAUUACCAGUGUGUACUAUCUUUUCUCAUGCUAUCUUAGAUAAUUAAUUACUCGUAUUUGAAAUUAUUUCAAAAAUGUAAUGUUGUUUAUGUGUAAAGCUCCAUUAAGUUGUUUAAUUAUUCAUUUGAACUUUCAUAUUGUGCAAUGUGUCUUUAAACUUAGCCCAAUAAUAAAAAUCAACUGAUCGA